CAACGACUGCAAACUUUGGGAGAAGUGGUGGCUAGGUAAGCACAACACAGCCUGAUAGGAACCAUGGCGUACAUUUAACACCGCUACCCAGUGUUUUAGUGGUUUAUGUGUAAGAACACCACAAUGUCCAAGGCCCCUAAGAAAAAGGACUACUCCUCCAGUCGAGUUACAUCGUCCCCGGCGCAGACACCGAAUAAAGAAUCCUCAUCUCUGGUGGCCAGCGCCUCAGAAGGCCUAGGGGACCUGAAGAAGAGCCGCGUCCCCAUCUGGCCCGAGUGGAACGAGGCAGAGGUCAACGCCGAGAAAUGGGACGCGACGAAAAGCAAAGAUGCCAAGGGUGCCAAGGGCUCUCACGCGCAACUCUUUGAAGACCCUGAGGGUAGGGUUGAUUUGCCAGUGUCUCUGAAGGUCCACUCAUGGAAGCGUCCUUCGGACUACCUUGUCAACAAGGCACCAGUGGUGGUGGAGAAUGAGUGUGCCUUUGACCUGACCACAGCCAACGAGCACUUACUAUGCAGCGAGCUGAUGCGAUGGAUCAUCAGUGAGAUCUAUAUCCUGUGGAAAGCGUGCAACAGCGGCAUCAGCGGCUCUGAGGACAGGGCGGUGUCCGUGGAGACGACCCCUGGCACCUGGAGACCGUGGGAGCACAUCUACUCCCUGUGUAAGGUGGUGAAGGGUCACCAGCCACUCUACAACCCUUACGGCAAAUACGUCGUCAAACUCUACUGGAUGGGAGCCUGGAGGAAGGUAACCAUUGAUGAUGCACUGCCGUUUGAUGAGGAAAACAAACUGCUGCUCCCAUCCAGCACCAACCAAUCAGAACUCUGGCCCAUGCUGCUGGCCAAGGCCCUCAUCAAGCUGGCCAAUACUGAUUUAAUCCCAGGGAACAGGAGAGAACUGGGCGAGUUCACCAUCAUUCACACUCUCACUGGCUGGGUCCCCGAGAUAAUCCCCCUCAACAUGCGAUGUGUGGGCGCAAUGUGGACUUUCCUCAGAAAGGCCAUGCCUCGUUUUCAGCUGAAGAAGGAGGACAGCGCCACCUCCCCCGAUAUGAGGAAUCGCACCGAGCCCCUCAGCCUCAACAACAAGUCUCCCGAGAAACACAAAGACUCAGCCAAGAGAAAGGGGAAGGACAUAGACCAAGGGAGGAAGAGUCAAACUCCAGUCGCUACCAGUGGUCAACCCAAUCAUAAUACUGAAAAUGUGAUGGUAUGUGCAAGCUAUCUGCCUCUGAAGCUCUUGGAGAGGAAGACGUCAGAGUUAGGAAAGAUGGCGGACUCCUCUGAGUACCUGCGUCAGUGCGGUCUCUCUCAGCUCUGCAGUCACCCAGUGCUCCUCACCCAAACCCGUGUGGGCCCCCUGGUAGCCCAACCCGUGGCCGCACCUGUCCCCCGCUGGAAACUCAUCCGUCCACACCGCCAGCACCGACCCACUGAUGAGCCCCAAGAGCCUGCGGUAGAGAAGCCACAGGAGUUCAUCGAGGUUGCCAGUCCCUUUUUAAACUUAAAACUGAAGACUUUGGUAACAGAGAUUCGCAGCAGGAAGCAAAUCUGCAGCUCUGUCCUGGCAUCGUUUACAGAACACAACGAGAAUGAACGUGAGAACAUCACUGACAGUCUCCAGUCAGAGCAGGCAGAUGCUGUGGAGCCCACUGAGGUUACAGCAGAGGACAAGAAAAAGGACGAGAGACCACCCUCUGACCAGACGGCGAGUGAAACCCAGUCCACAUCAGUGGACACCCCUCCGCCCGUGUGUGUGUCUGAGAAGCCGGCUCUGCAGGAGACGUGGGUGCCUCUGGAACACUUCACACACUGCUUCCAGACACUGCUGGUAUUUCACAAACCCAAUGCCUACCCAUACCACUCUCAGAAAUCUCAGUAUAAGAGCUCCGUGUCCUCAAGACUGUCUGCCACAGCUCUCCCAGCCCUAACUCUGCUGCCGCCAGACAGUCACAGGACACUGCUGGUAUUUCACAAACCCAAUGCCUACCCAUACCACUCUCAGAAAUCUCAGUAUAAGAGCUCCGUGUCCUCAAGACUGUCUGCCACAGCGCUCUCCAGCCCUAACUCUGCUGCCGCCAGACAGUCACAGUACCCAGAGGAGAAAGGCUCAUACUUCCUAGUUGUGGACAGCCUGCAGCGCUCGGAGAUCCUUAUCAGCUUCUCAGCUCUACUGCACUGGGGAGAGACCCUGGAGGAGAAAAAGGAGCUUCAGUUGCGUUGUGGCGUUCUGACAGUGGAGCCGUUCUCCUGGAAGAGCCUGAUCUACCAGCUGCCCAUCCUCUCUACACACACCACUGCUUGCAAGGCAGUUACGCUCAAGCUGCAACCGGGGCGUCAUGUCUUGUGUUUCCACAUGAGGGCAGUGUUGGGUUUCCACGUGCACUUGUACAGCAGGACCCCAUUCAUAUUCGGAGACGAGGAGGCAGUCAUGCCUGUCCUUACCAAGGAGAGUGUGUGCUUUUUGGAGCAGGCGGUGUGUAUCGCCAGCGCUCUGGGUCAGGUGGUCAGAUGUUUCUCCAGUGACACAGAGCGCCAAGCUGCCUCCAGGGCUCUCACCAACACACACUUCCCCCCAAACUCACCCCGUGCAGCUGCAGGGGAACACAUGAAGUUGUUCGGUGAAGCCACGCACGAGAUGUUCUCCAGGGCGCUGGACCGCGCGCUGACCUCCCAAGAGCUGCUGGCCGUGCAGGCCCUCACCCUCCAGCCCUGCCUCACCCUCCAGCCCAGCCCUGCCGCUUGCUCACACACACACUCACACACACACACACGCACGCCGGCCCUGGAGCAUCGCGAGCAGCCGGGCACAUGGUCCGAGCGCAGUCCCACAGAGGCGGAGGAGCGGGCGGCGGUGACCCUACAGGCCGGGCUCAGAGGCUACGCAGCACGGAGGAUGGUCAGAGCUGCACGUCCAGGCACCAAAGAAAAUUUGAGCGCUGCCAAGACGUUGCAGGAAAUGUGGGCAUCUGUAAAAACAGAUCUGAAGAAACACGCCAUCUCCUUGUUGGGGUACAUGUUCAGCGAGAGUCCAAGCUGUGUGGAUCUGUACGGAUGCAGAGAGAAUGAGCAGAGCCGCAUCAGCUUCAGCGAGUACUCCGUUACCCUGCCCGACACGCCAAACAUAUGGGCCCUCAUCUUCAGGGAGGUGUUUUUUGUCCCUAAUGACACACUGCUGGUUGCUAAGGUGUACUCCCCUGUGGUGUCUGCGCUGCAUGUCAUCAACAAUGACACGGGAGAGGAAAUGCCCAAAGUCUUCCACAAAGUGGAGCCACACAUCUACAAGAGCAACCAGAAGGGCUAUACAUUUGUGGCAGAAGCUCACACAGGUGAUGUACCUAUUGGUCGCUGGCGGAUGUGUCUGAUUGGCUGUCGCCAGCCGCUGCCCUUCCCAGCCCGAGAGACACCGGUCAACAGCUUCUGUGUGAAAGAGUUUAAAGACUACUACAUACCCAAUGAGAAAUACAUCAUCUGCAGGUUCUCUGUGAAGGUGAAUGUGGACGUGCUGGGGACGGUGCAGUUCCAGACGUCAGCGUCCCAUGUCCACCUGCGCAUGACGGUGCUGGACCACGAGGACGCCCUCACUUCCGCCACCGGCAAAGGCCAAGUGAUCAUCCCCGUGUUUACUUUCAGUGCUGACCCAGACUCUGAGGAGAGUCAGGAGAAGGAGGACUCGGAGGAGACGGACACACACACACUCACUGAGUCGGCACCGCCAUCGUCACACACACACACGCACAAGUACGUGGUGCAGGUGGAGGUGCUACACCGCAGCUGGGCCGUCAGCGAGGCUGAGGCCGCCUUCAUCCAGACCCUCCGCCACGCCGAGAGGAACGAGAUCAGAGUCUCUCCUUUCACCACAGUGGGCGGAGACAAGCCGGAGGAGGUAACGGCGCCCUCGAGCACUGACCAAUCGAGUAACGACGGGCAGAAGUCGAACACGCCCAAGUCCAGCCGCAAGACCAAAGAGAAGGAGAAGGACAAGGAGAAGGAUAAGGAGAAAGAAAAACCAGUGGCCAAACCUGCAUCCAGGCUAGAGCAAGCCUUGGACACAAGUAAGCCCCACUGGACGCUGCGUGUGGUGUGUGAGCAGGCAGAAGCAGAGAGUGUGUGUGUGAAGAGGGACAUGGAGCGGCAGGAGCAGAUCAAAGCCCUCAAGAUGGCCUGGGAGAGCGCAGACCCGGGCAGAGCAGUAAAGGCCCUGCAGUCUCGUCUGCAGUUUAUAAAUAAAUGUGUGCGUGGGUUGACUGGAGAUGGACCAACAGAUGGAGCAGACCGAAGAGACUCUGUUUUCCAGCAGUCUCCCGAUUUCCAAGAUAUGAAUCUCUUCAAUGCUGCUCAGUUUGCUCCCAUGGACUACACACCGUACAUAAGGCGCACUCAUUCGCAGCCCCUCCUGAAGGAUGAGGCCAUUGCAGAGUGCCAGCGGGUGGAGCGUUCCGAGCGGAUCCAAGAGUUUCGUCUGCAGCGCGACAUGGUUCUGGAGCGGCGACAGCAGGAGCGGGCCGCACGACGCCAGCUCAAGAGGCGCCAGAUCCAGCUCUAUGACGUCAUACAGAUCUCCCUGUGGGAGCAUAGGCAGCGUGUGCUGGAGGCGCGGGAGGAGUUCCUUCAGCGCCUCCUGGUGGAGGAGACGCAGCAGCGCGAGGAGGAGGCCGCCCACGAGGCCCUGCGCCAGAUGGAGCAAGAGAAGAACCAGGCGCAGGCCGCCGCCCGCAAGAGCGCCGGCAAGAAGAAAUGACCCCCCGUACACACACACACCUCAUCGUUCACUCUCACAUACGUCCUGUCCACUCUUGCAGCUGCUCUCGUUUUUGAACAAAUGGCUUAGAUAUAUAUUAGUACAGCAGCUUCUGUUUCAUACCCAGUGGAAAAGCUCCCUAAAUGGUUAUUUAUUAAAAGUUAAUAUACAGGGCUG